GCCUUGUGUUUAUGUUAGUGCUUGUGUUGUGCGAGUGUCGAGCCAUCCGAGUCCCUGUCGUGUGGGACGAGAGCAAAAAUAGUGAAGUGAAAGAGGUUCCAGUGACACUGCAGCAAUCUCAUCAACAAUCUAUUCCGACGGAAUAUUUUGAAUAUAAAGCACAUAAACCUCAGUUCGCUGUUGAUGUUGCUGAAUUCCAUGGUGUUAAAAAUCCAUAUGAGCAUUAUAAAGCGUAUCCUGUGAGACCGUUUACUGGUAAACAUAAGCCGGAGUUAGGAAUACGUCACAUGUUAGAUGAAGAUAAAGAGAUAUAUAAACCUUUUCAGCAAUAUGUAAAUAGUAAUGAAGAAAUACAAAGUCAAAUAAUUCCAACAUCGUCGAGUUAUCAAGUGUUCCAUCCAUAUAAAGCCGAGGAGCCAGCCCUUGAAGAAUUGUACAAAGACCCGGUUUUAGAUAAAAUAAGAAGUGAUUUAGAAAACAGCAAAGCCAUGGCACAAAAAUAUCAGCAAGAAGCGGGAGAACCAAAUAUUGAAGAAGGUGAAUAUUUAGAGAGCCCAGAGCAAACCGAUAACAAGAAAUUUCCUCACAAGAAUAUCCCAGCUCCUUACGAGAUCCACAGACCCUUACGACAGCCAGUAUACUAUAGAACCCCGCCAAAAGCUUUUACACAUGAACAAAUUCUAAAUAACAAAUUUAGACAUCCGUGGAACCAAAACUUUGUGAAAGUUAGACCGCUACAUUAUCGACCAUUGAAAUCUCAUCUUCACAAUUUAAGACAACACCAUGCUCUGAAAUAUGAUGAUGAACGUAAUGAGUAUCCGCAAGUUCCGCCAUCAGAAAAUUUCGCGGAACCGCCUGAUGGUUACGAUAUUUAUUUAAAAGGUCAAGAACGGUAUAAUAAACUGAGAAAUAAUGUUGACGAGUCCAUCAAUAAAGCUGUCUUAAAUAAUCGUCCUCCUGCUUAUGAAAGACUUGAACUGCAAAAUAAAGAUAAUAACGAAGAAAGUGAUGAAAAUGAUUUUGUACCCAUCAAAAGUUACGCACAAGUCAGAAAGACUGAAACUACUAAACAUCUGCCAAAGGCAGCAGCGUUAGCAGAUGCCAUUAGUUAUGACGAUAUAAUAAAUGCUCACCGUUUGAGAGAAGCUGUUAAGAGUACUAAAGCUCAAACCGUCUACUCUGAAGAAGGAUACGAAGACGCAGCAUACGACCAUGCCGGUGAACAGAAACAUGCGUCUGAUCAUGAGGGUCAUGGUGGUUUCCUAAAAGAAUCAGAAAUCAGUGGAGGAAAAUAUAAAACGCCUUCCUUCAGUGGUAAGUACCAAGAUUCGAGUGGGUCAGUUUAUAGAGAUAAGAAGCUCCAUGGCAAAAAAUGGAAAGAGGACAACAAAGACAAAGACGAUCAAAAUGACUCCGAAGAUUACUCUGAAGACGAACAUGAUAAUUUUGAAGAAGAAGAUGCCUAUGGAAAUGUUCCAGAUGACGAUUUACGACACAAGCGAGAACAUGACUCAAAAAACGACCAAGACAAUGAAAGCUCGAAUAAUUCUCCGGUUCAUGAACAAAAUGAAAAUAAUGAAGAGAGAGAAGAUCAUGAUGUUAAUAAACGCGAAGCGAACUUUGAAGUUCCGGAAUUUGAUUUCAACUCAACAUUUAUAAGUGAGGAAGAAUUAAAUAAAAUUGCAAAGCUUAAGUUACCUAAGAAAAAAAAGAGUAAUUUGAGAGAAAAAUAUCCAUACUACUUUAAAAAACUAAAGACCGUACAUAAAGACUCUCCACUACGGUAUGCUGAAAAUUUAAAACUGAUGCCUGUAAAAUCUAAAGGAGGCACAGAAUUUUACGAUUCACGGUCAAAUAUAGAAUGUGCAGAAGUCGAUGAUGAAGUCGAUCCCAUACCAGAAAAAAUUAAAAAUAAUGGCACCCAAACUUCUGAAGAACAUGACGACGACGAUCAACCUAAUGCAGGUGAGAAAUCAAAGUUUGAUAACUCAAAAAAUAAGCAGCGACUGAAAGGCCUUGGAGAUAAAAUUGAUUGUUUUAAGGCUAAAUAUUUUGGUAAAAAUCCACUAGACAGUCCAUUUUUCAAAGAAGACAUUAUUGCCAACCCAGAACCAAUUAAGACUCCUAAGCUAGAAACAUUUAAACUAAACAACUUUGGAAAAUUAUCAUCAAAUCUAAAUGGUGAUAGCUUUAAAGAUGCAACUGAUUUUGCUUUGUUGAGAGAUAAAUUAAACAACGGAUCAACGGCACUCCAGGACUCUUUAGUUAAAGCAACAGAAGAACUUAAAUCUUCCGUUCUGUUACCUUCCAACUUUAGUUUUCCAGAUGCCAAUCAGCAAAGUAAAGUAUAUGCAGAUAUUUUAGAAAAUAUAAAGCAAAAUUUUCAAAAUCCAUUUCUAAGACAAAGUGACGCAAAAGUUGUUGACCGAGUAUUUAAUACGUCUAUUGGUGAUAACGAGGCAAAAAAUCUAACCUACGAGUCAUUAAAAAAUAGAGAAGUUAUACCGAAACCACCUUCAUCACUACGACAAAAAAGAGCUGCACCUUUCAUAUAUGAACCGUAUAAAAUUAUUAGAGAAGGCCAGGGCCCAGAAUCCAAAAAAACAACAACGACAGGUAACAUAAGUCCACUCAUUAAACAACUUCAAUCAAGUAAAAUUGUUGAAAAGGUACUAUAUUUUAACCAUGACAAAGAUCAACCGGUCAAACGCAAUGUACGAACACGCACUUACAAAGACAUAAGUAGAAAAGAUAGGGGAAAAAGUACUAAUAAGGACGAAAUAGGGUUUGUAGACGUGAAUAUUGAUCAACGAAGAGGAGAACCAAGGUACGAGAUAAAACCUGCCAAUCACAAGACACAUUAUUCACCAGUUGAUCACAAAAAAGCAAUGUCAGUUGAAGAUUAUGAAACUCGAACCAACACAACAAUUGCACCCACAAGAAAUAGGAAAUCAUCUAAAGCAAAGUAUGUAGAAUCAAGAUUUUCUCCAUCGUCUAUAGAAUCUGCCGCUUCCAAGACAGUGAACAGGGUAGUAAGUACUACGUCUGCACCUAAAAAAAUAAGAGAACCCCAAACACCGAUAGAAAGUGAAGAAAGUGGGGAAGACUAUGAGGAAUAUGAAGACGAUGAAGAAGUCCCAAUAACGACCACUAGCACAACUAUCAGACCAUCUUUUAGGAGAAGGGCGCGACCUACUACUACAACCGCAAAACCAACUAAAUUUGAGGAAGAUGAUGAUGCAGAAGAGCUACCGAAGCUACGCUUAAUUACAAGAUUUAACAAACCACAUAUAACUGAAAAACCUUUCAUAAAAAAGGAGUCAAUUAAAUAUAAACCUACUGAAAUUGAUACUAACGAUGAUAUCAAUGCCCCAAAAUAUACAGAAAAGAAAAAGAAAACUAGAAAAUCGACGUUAGUUACGGACUCUAAAAGGUAUGGAGAUGAAGAAGAUGAUGAUAUGAUGAAAGAGGAAGUCGAUGCAAUGAUUGGAGGGAAACAAAAUAUGAAUGACUAUGUGCCUAGCUAUGCGAAAGAAGCUGAUACUGCAAUGGAAAACAUAAAAAAGAAAGUGCCCGAGUCAAGUGAAGAAAGCGAAGGAAGUGAGGAGGAAGAUGAUGAAGAUGAAGAUGAGGAUAACGAUGACGACGAAGAUGAAGACGAAAGAGAGGAUGACGAUGAUGAAACGUCACCAUCAUCUGGCGAAGAUGAGACAGAAAAAGAAUCUCAUCCAGAACCAAUCGUUUUGACUACCCCUGAACCAACAAAGCGUACUCUUCUUCGAACUACAGAAGCACCUAUCUCUACCACUGAAGCGCGUAAUUUAAAAAUAGAUCUCAAACCAGUUAUCCAUAAAAAGAAAGUGGAAAUUCAUAAAGAAUUGCCGGUCAACAUGUCAGCUCCCCAUGUUACACAGUUUAGGCAAGACAUAAAAGAAGUAGAAAUAAUUAAAGAACUGCCUCAAAAACGCAGGAAACCUCAAAAAAAUGUUGAAGCACUAAAUCUGUUCAAAGAUGAAACCUUAGCGGAAGAAAUAAAUAAAUUGAAAGAUGUGGAAGUAUUCAAAGAAAAUUUGGAUACUAAGCAAGGACCUAGACAUGGAGGAAAUUAUCGAGCCGCUGAGAUCAAAUUAACGCCAGUUGUAAGUUCAACCCAAACACCUUUACGAAGAAGAGGUUCAGGACAACAACGAAUCGUUCAGAAGCCUGAAAUCGAAGAAUCAGAUAUAAAGGAUGUCGAGGUUAAAUCGAAACGUGGCGGACACAUGAAGUUAAUAAAAGAUGUGCGAGUUAAAGACAACGAACCAGCAAACGCAAAACAUAUUGAGCUAAGCGAAGUAGAUCAACCUCGAGCAUUACAUGGAGGUAACCUGAAAUCGUUACAGGAUACUUACAAGUCUCGUGGAAACAAUAAGAGUGCAAAACUGAUCGAACUUGAUGAUGAAUACGACGAUGACGACGACUCCGAUAAAACGCAUGGAUCGUACGACAAUAAUGGAUCAAGAGGUGGAUUGCACGGAGGCAACUAUAGAAGUGCCAAAUUGGUACAAGCAGAAGCACCUAAAGAUGAUUCAGAAAAAAUAAAUAAACAAGAAUUACAGUCGAGAAGUAAAAAUGUAAAAAAUGGCCGACACAGUGCUGCAGAAGUCCUAGAAGGCUUUGCAAAAGCUGUUCCUUUAUUGACAACUACGCCAAACUAUAUAAAAGACCCUAGUAAGCGUAUGUAUUAUUACGUCGAUACCUAGAAAAUAAGAUUAUACGCCAUGAAUGGACUGAUUUGUCUUAGUCUUCAUA